GACACGAUUGCCGGCAGCUAAGCCGUCAUGAACCAUGUCUACUUGACUACUUGACGCUGCUUGGCCCCCCUCCUUUCAAUAACUGUCGACCAAACUCUCGAGCUUAUUUUCCUCUUCACUUCACUUCUUCUCUGUCCUCGUUCUUCCAUUGUUCCUUGAAGAGAAAAACAGCCAAGCCGUCGUCGUAAUACUUCCACAAUAUCAUCAGACAUCAUGGCUCUCGAGAGAAUCGGAUCCAUUGUGAAGCACCUGGCACCAGGUAGCGCCCUCAACCAGAUCACCUCCAAGAACCCCGAUGAUAUCGUUAUUACGUUAGCCGUCCGCACGCCUUUGGCCAAGGCCAAGAAGGGCGGCUUCAAGGACACGACCCUCGAGUACAUGGUGUACGCCCUCCUCAAGGAGGUCCGCAAACGAUCAAACAUUGACCCCGCCCUGGUCGAGGAUAUCUGCAUGGGAAAUGUCUCUGAUGGCAAGGCCGCCUACAAGCUCCGCGCCGCUGCCCUGGCAGCAGGCUUCCCCAACACCGCCGGCGCCUCCUCCGUAAACCGCUUCUGCUCCUCAGGCCUCAAGGCCACCGCCGACAUCGCCCACGCCAUCAGCAACGGCUCCAUCGAGGUCGGCAUUGGCAUGGGCGCCGAACAAAUGACCAUUGGCGGCGACGCCCUCGACCAGCCCUUUGACGAGGCCGUCGUCUCCCAGUCCCAGGAGUCGGCUGACUGCAUGCAGCCCAUGGGCUGGACCUCGGAGAACGUCUCGCGCGACUUCAACCUCAGCCGUGAGGAGCUCGACAAGUACGCCGCCGAGAGUUUCCAGAGGGCCGAGAGGGCGCAGAACGCCGGCUGGUUCGACGACGAGAUUGUGCCCAUCAAGACGAAGCUUGUCGGCCCCGACGGCGACGUCAAGGAGGUUACUCUUACCCGCGACGAGGGCAUCCGCCCCGGAACAACGGCCGAGAGCUUGGGCAAGAUUCGCUCCGCGUUCCCGCAGUGGGGUCCCACCACCACCGGAGGCAACGCCAGUCAGGUCACUGACGGAGCCGCCGCCGUCCUCCUGAUGAAGCGCUCCACGGCUAUCAAGCUCGGCCAGCCCAUCAUCGCCAAGUACGUCGGCUCCACCGUCGCCGGCCUGGCCCCGCGCAUCAUGGGCAUCGGCCCGUCCGUCGCCAUCCCCAAGCUGCUCGCCCAGCACAACCUCUCCCUCGCCGACAUUGACGUCGUCGAGAUCAACGAGGCCUUCUCCAGCAUGGCCGUCUACUGCCGCGACAAGCUCGCUCUCGACUGGGCCAAGAUGAACCCCCGCGGAGGUGCCGUCGCCCUCGGCCACCCGCUCGGCGCCACGGGCGCGAGACAGAUUGUUACCGGUCUGAGCGAGCUGCGCAGGACAAAGAAGAAGAUUUUGUUGACGAGCAUGUGUAUUGGUACGGGACAGGGUAUGGCUGGUUUGUUUGUCAAUGAGGCUGCGUAA